CCAGCGCAGCUCAGCGCAGCGUAAAGUCAGGCGAGGAGGGUACCCGCGCGGCCAAGCACCUUCCAGCGUCCUCGGGACCAGGCGCUCGCUGCUGCCCUUUCUCUGGACGCCGAGCAAAACACAGGCACCCCUGCCUGCUGCACACUUCUCAUCUUUCCCGUUGGAUGAGGUCACUUGUAGGUCCAGCUUCGGCCUUAGGGCUGCCCGGUUGGAGGAAAGGCAUCAGUAUUCCAGUGAAGGACCUUUUCCAGGGCACUCAUGAUGACAGUUGCCAAGUCCUGUAGUAGGUCCUGGGUGAGGAAGUCUUGACUCAUGGGACAUAACAGCAUUGUUGGAUGCCUGGUACAUUUAAGAAAGCUGACUGCAUAAGAAGCACUCUACAUGGGCAGAGGAUGUUACCUGGAAUCAGAGCACUAAAUGAUCCCGACUUUUCUUGAUUUAAAUGUGCUGCCCUCCAUUUCAAGAUGCCUUUGCAUUUCUGAUAAAUGCAAACUGACAAAUCUCCAGGCCACUACAGAGGGGAAAUCAUUACUGCUUGAAGCCUGGAAGACUGCCCUUAAUAAAGCCAAGUCCCCAAUUGUUGUUGAAAUGCUGAGGAAGUUGCGGAGGAGGAAACUUUUUUCUUAUCCCACUAAAUACUACUUCUUCCUUCUUGUUUUUUCCCUGGUCACCUUCUCUGUUUUAAGAAUUCAUCAAAAGCCUGAAUUUGUAAAUGUUGGACAUCUGGAGCUGCUUGAAGAGAAUCCUAGUAGUAAUAUUAAUUGUACCAAAGUUCUACAGGGUGAUGUAGAUGAAAUCCAAAAGGUAAAGCUUGAGAUUCUAACAGGGAAAUUUAGAAAGCGCCCUCGUUGGACAAACUAUGACUACAUAAACAUGACCAGUGAUUGUGCUUCUUUCAUCAAGAAGCGCAAAUAUAUUGUAGAACCCCUUAGUAAAGAAGAGGCAGAGUUUCCAAUAGCAUAUUCUGUAGUGGUUCAUCACAAAAUUGAAAUGCUUGACAGGCUCCUGAGGGCCAUUUAUAUGCCUCAGAAUUUCUAUUGCAUUCACGUGGAUACAAAAUCAGAGGAAUCCUUUUUGGCCGCAGUGACUGGCAUUGCAUCCUGUUUCAGUAAUGUCUUUGUGGCCAAUCAGCUGGAGAGUGUUGUGUAUGCAUCUUGGAGCCGGGUUCAGGCUGACCUCAACUGCAUGCAGGACCUCUACCGAAUGAACGCAGACUGGAAGUACUUGAUAAAUCUCUGCGGUAUGGAUUUUCCUAUUAAAACCAACCUGGAAAUUGUCAGGAAGCUCAAGUCGUUAAUGGGCGAGAAUAACCUAGAAACGGAGAGAAUGCCACCCCAUAAAAAAGAAAGGUGGAAAAAGCAUCAUGCAGUCGUGAAUGGAAAGCUGACAAACAUGGGGACCGACAAGAUACAUCCUCCUCUUGAAACACCUCUGUUUUCAGGCAGUGCCUAUUUUGUGGUCAGUAGGAGGUAUGUGGAGUAUGUGCUCGAGAAUGAAAAAAUACAGAAGUUUAUGGAGUGGGCAAAAGACACAUACAGCCCGGACGAGUAUCUCUGGGCCACUAUUCAGAGGAUCCCCGAAGUCCCAGGGUCCCUGUCCUUAAGCCAUAAAUACGACAUGUCUGACAUGCACGCGAUUGCCAGGUUUGUCAAGUGGGAGUACUUUGAAGGUGACAUUUCCAAGGGCGCCCCCUACCCGCCGUGCAGCGGCGUCCACGUGCGCUCCGUGUGCGUUUUUGGAGCAGGUGACUUGAACUGGAUGUUGCGCGUGCACCACUUGUUCGCCAACAAGUUCGACACGGACAUCGACUUCUUUGCCAUCCAGUGUUUGGAUGAGCAUCUGAGGCAUAAGGCCCUGGAGACAUUAAAACACUGACCCUUGGAGGCAGUUUUAGAAAUAAUUAGGAGGCAUGAGAUGUACCCCCAUUUGAUUCUUCUGCCUACAGAAUCUAACUCUUCAAGCCAGAGAAGCCCUAUGGUUUCUGCAGAGCAGGUCGGUUAGAAAGGUUGUAGCCUUCAGGCUUGACUUAGAGUUAGAGUGUAGGGCAGGUUGCAGGGCGUUGUGUGGGGGAGUGGUCCGGGUGGCUGGGGAAGAGAUUGUACGCAAGUUAUCCUGUUAAAAGAGCUCAGGGACUGAACAAAACCCGAAGGUUUGACCUGUGCCAAAAUUACUUGGAGAGCUUUAAAUAUGAUGGUUUUUCCUGAUUUGAAUAGAUUUAUAGCAACAGCCAACAGUCAGGAUGUAAUUUAUCUUGUAGACCACAUUUGUUGAAAGAGAAAUUUGACUUUAUUCUAAAUGAUCUUUGUAAAUGAUUGACUUUCUGCUGUAACAUUGCAUUGUGUUAUGUAUCUCUAUAUGCCAUCUCAGGGAACUUGCAAAAACGGGCUUGACUGAAUGUGAACAUUUCCCAUUUAUGCUUUUAACAAUGUACAUAUGUUUUAAAAGCCCCCCCCGCCGCCAAAAAACAAGACUUUAUAGUUUAGUUGAUUCUAUGAAUCAUCUUAGGUUAUUUACAAAGUUAAGGUAUCUUUGAUUAUUAUAGUGUCUACAGAGUAAUACUCAAUUUUUUUCAAAUAUGUCUCGCUUCUCCUCCUCCAGUCUCCCUAGACCCUGCUGUCAAGCUGUACAUAAACUUGUUUUCAUAGUGCCCCGUAUUCCUAGUGUCCCAUAUUACAGCCUCAGUUCUCCUUUGUGAUCCGAUUGGCAGUAAUUGGUGUGGAGAACUAAGACAAGAAAGGGUGAAGUGUAAGUAUGGCAGAGGGGAGGAGGAGUCAUAUGUAGACAAUCUCUGAGGCCUGUGUUGCAGCAAUCGGUACUAUCCCCAGAAAUUAUGCCUGUUGCUCUUCGGGUCUGCUUGUGUCCAUCCUCCAGGCUCUUGCAUCCGACUGUCACCUCUGUCGCCUUUUGAAAGGAACUGGCUUCCCGUCUUCUUGCUUCUUCAUGUUACCGUUGUAACCAAUGUAACCAAUAACCGUUGGUUAUUCGUUAGCUCUUGCAUUUUAAGUUCCCUUCUCUCUUGGAACCUAUGAGGAGGGGAAAGGUGUGCUGUUGUACCACCUGGCAUGCUUGAAGGCCUGGGUAUCCUAAAGGGAACAUUAGGUUUGGGGUGGAUUGUCUCAGUAUUGAUAUUAUUCUCAGCAUAUGGUUUUUACUCUAUUUUUCACUAAAAGACAGAUUUGCGGUUGCUAUUGUGCUGUCUCAAAUCUCAAAGUAAAUGAAGAUUUAAAAAAAAAAAACUUGCUCUUUUGCUAGGCUGAUACCAUUCAGCCAUCAAUUUAACAGGAAAUGAGAAGCUUUAUCAUUUAGCUGAGACUUCAAACAAGAAUCAAAUCCAUGUACUUUAUUUUUAAAACUUAGACAACUUAAAUAGUAUAUGGGAAAUACAUAAUAUCAGACAGUUUUCAGGCAUUCAACUGAUAAAACAUUUUAUUCCUCAGAGUUAGGAAACGUUUUUAUUUUAUGGAGAGGCUUGUUAUACUGACCCUCCUGAAUGAAAGUUUCACACUUUUGGAAACUUAAUCAUUUGUAAAUGUGCAAGUCAGUGGAUUGCUAUGGUUUGCAUGAUUUAACAGGGCAGCCAAUGUUGGACCAAGAAAAACAUACCCACUUUGAAAAUUCAAGAGGUGAUGUCAGUGAGGACAUUAUAUGCAUGGUGUUCUGUCUCUAUUGGCUUCUAAACCAAUUUGUUCUUUGAAUGCACGUCACGUCUCUCCCAUGCUCUCUUUUAGAAGAAAGAUUUUACCUGUAAGUUGGGCUGUUUUUUUUUUUUUUACUCUAAAACCAGUGAUUUUCAGUGACAUACUUUGUGUCUAUGUCUUGUGUUUCUUUAACUUCAUUCAUUGUAUCUUGAAUACUAUAGACAUUUGUCAUUUUUAAAUUUUGAAUAUUUGCAAAUUUAUGGGAAAGUUAAAAGUAAUAGUACAGUGAACAUUAUAGAACUUUCACCUGGAGUCACUGGUUGUUAGCAUCAUUCUCAUUUGCUCAGUUUUAUGGAUUUUUGAAUUUAGCAAAAUUGAAAAUUGAAAGUUAAAAAAAAUUUACAAAUAUCAUCGCAGUGCUCUUACUGUAACGUGACUGAAUCUGAUUGACAUUUAAAUUGGCAGCUUUGAGGGGUUUUUUUUCUCCAUCAUAUAUGUAAAAAUAUGAUUUUAGAAUCCAUUUCCACAAACCCCACACUAAAACUGUGGACCCACCAUCUUCUAUGUAGCUGUGGUACGUCAUCUCUCUAGAAUGGCACUUGCUGAAAUGUGUCUGAAUAUUACCCUAUUGCUAAUAGCUUUACAGGGAUUAUAUAGCCAUUAGGACUCAAUUUUAUACUAUCCAACCUAACUUAAAACAAAUGAAAUUCAUAGUAGUGGAACAAGCAAUUGGAAGAAUCAGGAAGAUGGUUUCAAAAGGAAACCCUUACUACAUUCAGGAGGAACAAAAAUGCUGUAAGUUCUUUGGGAAAGAUAAAUUAUUUAAAUUGCUUCCUGUAUGUCAGUUAUUAAAUACUAAUUACUUUUUACUGUCAUUUAAGGUCUUUUAUAGGGAAUUAUUAGAAAUCAUAUUCCCAAAUAAAUCCUUAAAUAUACAUAAACUGCAAUUUUUUAAUGGAAGCGUUCUAGUUAAUGAAGUACUGAUCAAGAUUCACAUAUUACUUAUUAAGGACAAGAGUUAACAAAAAUGGUUCUCUCUUUAUAGGCAAUUACCUAGGCUCUUCCCAGACCAUGGUAAACAGCCAUUCAGCCUUGAAAAUGUGAAACACUGUUGUCUCUAAACGUGUAUUUGUGUCAUUCAUCAAGCACAAUUCACUUAAAGAACAGAAGUGGAUUUUCUUUUGUAGUCAUUUGGGGGAGGAGGAAGCCAUGUUUUACUUCAUUUCAUCUGUAGAGUCAGUUGACCUGGACUUUUUCAGUUGCCUUAGAAAAAUAAAAAUCAUUUCUCGUUAUGGUAAACAUAAAUAAGUAAAUGCAACACUUUCAUGGCAAGUGUGGUUACCUUAAGGUUUACUCUUUUGAAUACGGGCAUGACUUGAUGUGUUUGGAACUAGUCAUAUCACCAUUAAAAUCACCUAUUC